AUGGCGACCGGCCCCGAUCUGACCUCCUCCUCCGCCGCCGCCGACGCCGCCUCGUCGGCGGCCAAGAAGGACCGCCACAUCGUGAGCUGGAGCGCCGAGGAGGAUGACGUGCUUCGUGCUCAAAUCGCGCACCUUGGAACUGACAACUGGACAGUUAUAGCGACACAAUUCAAGGAUAAGACUGCUAGACAGUGCAGGAGGAGAUGGUACAAUUAUUUGAACACUGAGUGCAAGAAAGGCGGGUGGUCUCGUGAAGAAGACAAGCUUUUAUGCGAGACUCAAAAGGUUCUUGGUAACAAAUGGACUGAAAUAGCAAAGGUUGUCUCCGGGAGGACUGAUAAUGCAGUGAAGAAUAGGUUUUCCACAUUAUGCAAAAGGCGGGCCAAUAAUGAUGACCUGUUCGAGGAAAAUACUGCAGUAUGUUCCAAUGCAAAUGCAAAGAGGGUACUGACACAGACUGGUGGCCUCACACAUGGUGCACCUAGCUCCUCGCCACCUAUUAAGAACAUGAGGUCUUUCAAACUUGAUUUCAAGGAGAACAUAGCACCAAAUACGAAGUCAUUUGGGCAAGAGAAGAGCAUAGGACAAGAUUCUCGGCAACCCCUUGCUGACCUUUGUCCACCCAAUCAAAGUGUGAAUAUUGUGGAAACCCAAAAUUCUGUUACUAGGACCUCAGCAAAGCAAUUAUAUGGUGUGAAGCAUGAGGGUAAUUUCUUGAACAAGAAUGAUCCAAAGUUUGCUACAUUACUUCAGCAAGCUGAUUUGCUUUCUUCCCUAGCAACAAAAGUAAAAACUGAAAACACGAGCCAAAGCAUGGAUGAAGCCUGGCAGAAAUUACAGCAUCAUUUGGUUAAGAAAGAUGACAAUGACAUGUCAGAAAGCAGCAUGUCUGGAACAGCUUCACUCCUAGAGGACCUCGAUGAUUUAAUUGUAGAUCCCUAUGAGAAUGAAGAGGAAGAUGAACAGAUGUCCAGGGAGCAGAAUGGAGUAACAUCAGAAAUGGCUCCUGAUCAUAUAAUGGAUGAUUGCUCAGUAGAUCCGGUAGAUCAGGGCACAGAAGAUAAUAUUCUCUGUGGAAUCACACUGUCUAGUUGUAUGGAACCUUCCCCAGGUGCAGAAAUUCUAGCUUAUGUAAACUCAGAUGAAGCUGCGGGAGAUGGGGGGCUUCAUUGCAUGGAAUACAGUUCUCCUGAGCAGACAGCUUUGCAAGCUAAAGCAGAUGCGGAAAUACCAGCAUCCGUAGACUUGUGUGAGGCUGCCGAAGGUAGCUGGUCUCAGUUCAUGGAAUACAUUUCUCCUGCUCAUACAGUUUUGCAUGCUGAAGCAGAUGCAGAAAAACCAGUAUCCGUAAACUUGAGCGAGGCUGCCGAAGGUAGCUUGCCUCAUUGUAUGGAAUACAUGUCUCCUGCUGAUACAGUUAUGCAUGCUGAAGCAGAUGCAGAAAAACCAGUAUCCGUAAACUUGAGUGAGGCUGCCGAAGGUAGCUUGCUUCAAUGUAUUGAAUACAGGUCUCCUGCUCAUACACUUUUGCCAGCUAAAACAGAACCAGAACCAGCAUCUGUAAACUCGAGUGAGGCUGCUGAAAGUAGAUUACCUCUGUGUACGGAGUACAUGUCUCCUGCUCAUACACUUUUGCCAGCUAAAAUAGAUCCAGAAAUACAAGCAUCUGUAAACUUGAGUGAGGAUGCUCAAGACGACAGUCUUCAAUGUACAGAAUAUACCUCUCCCGCUCAUACAGAUUUGCAAGCUAAUGCUGAUGCAGAAAUACAAGAGAAGGUUGCCCAAGAUAGCAGGCUUCAGUGUGUUGAAUUUAAUUCCCCUGCUCACAGGGCUAUCAAAGGUAAAGCAUGUGUGAGAAAACAAGCUUCGGAGAACUGUAGCGAGGUUCCGAAAGAUAGCAACACACACCCAUGCAUGGAAUUCACCUCUCCUGCUCAUACAGUCCCAACUUUCCAUCCAUACACAGAGAACGUGCCAACUCCAAAAAUUACUGCCAGUGAGAAGAAUUUUCUACUGUCGGUGCUUGGGUUGGCCUCACCUGGGUCGAAGCCAGAAACUUCUCAACAGCCUUCUUGCAAAAGGGCUCUUCUUAAUAGCCUUUGAGAGGGGUAUAUAUAUCUUUUAUGCAAAUAAAUUUUGCAUUUUAGGUUCAAAACCAAGCCUUGCCAUGCUCCUCAGCAUGUAUACCUUGGCUCCCCUAGAUCUAAUUUUUAACUAGGGUAGUUCUUGCUACUCCUAUUUGCAUCAAGUGUACCUAGCUCGUCCAGUUGUUUGUACGAGGUCUCGGUAGUUUGGUUUGUUGUUGGUUGUACAUAUCGCAUUGGAGGCGGUGUUGUAGUAGCAUACAGAAUUGAAAGAAGGGGUGAUGUGCCCUGAGAGUUACAGCUUGUAUUCAAAAUAUAGAAUAAGGUAUUCUUUGUGUAAUUAACUCCCUGUAACCUUUUAUGUCCGGUGCGGAAUAUAUUGGCUUGGUUUGUGGUGUGA